CGUCAGGUUAGGAUAUUAUGGUCUGUGGACGUCAGUGACCGAUUGUGAACCUUGUGGACCGAUUAUUUUUUAGGAAAAAUCCGGUAAGAAGUGAUUGUAGUUUUAUAAAAUUUGUACUGUGAUUUGUACACAAUAUAAAACUGCGAGUGAUUCGAAUUGUAAGUUACUUUGUUAAAAAGCUGAAAUGGCAUCAGCGCCUGAAACAAAAUCGGCAGACAGUAUAGAAGCUGAGAGUCCUGAGUCGGACUCUAGUAUUUUCAAUGAAAUCCUAAAUCCGGUGAAUUUGGUUUUGACUUUGAUUAUCGUGGCUUUGGUGUAUAAAAUCUUGAGGAGUAGGUUUGGCAAACCUUCGGCUGAGCAGCAAGUACCCGAGCUUCCUAAGAUACGAAAGGAUAUGACUGUUGCGGAGCUUCGUCAGUUCGAUGGGACGCAGCCCGAUGGUCGCGUCCUCGUAGCUGUAAACGGUUGGAUAUUCGACGCGACGCGAGGACGACGCUUCUACGGGCCCGGGGGUCCAUAUGCCGCUUUUGGAGGUAAAGAUGCAUCAAGAGGUCUCGCCACAUUCUCUGUCACAUCAUCAGAUAAAGAGUAUGAUGACCUCAGUGACCUCAACUCUAUGGAGAUGGACUCUGUGAAGGAGUGGGAGGCACAGUUUAGAGAAAAGUACGACCUCGUGGGUAAACUGCUAAAGCCUGGAGAGGAACCGACAAACUAUUCAGACGAGGAACCAGAGGAAACCGACAACUCCACCAGCAACCAAGAAGACAAGAAAGAGCAAUAGAAGGACAGAAAGAAGUUCGAGCCUACAGCAGUUCAACCAAACAGACCUCAGAUGUGAUAUUUCCAUGUACAUUAAAGGGAUGUACUCUAGUCUGGUUUGAAUCAGAGAAAAUAUUGAUUGAGAAAAUUUUCAACAAAUGAUAGCUACAGCGUAAGGUACAUCCUUGACACAAGAGUUGAAGCGACAAUCAAAAAUAUACUAUAUUGAUCUACAUCAACACAAUGUAAAAAUUUGUACAGAAAAACACGACAAAAUAUUCGCGGGGGCCAGAAAAAAGUACAUGCCAAUAUAUGCCUCUUUUUUAGGUAGAGCAUUACAGGGUGGAGAUAAAGAUUAAAAUGCAAAAAAAAUUGUGUUGUUUCGAUUUUCUUUAACUCUGUGUCAAUGAGGAUCUUUCCUAAAUCAUCCAUUAGACAAUAGGUUCUACAUCAGUCUAUUUUGUCAAUCAUGAGUGAUGAAUGAUAGAUGGAGCAGAAUUAUUCAGAUACUAGAUUAUGCCUGUGACUUCAUGCAGGUGGACUUCACUUUCAAACCCCUAUUUUAUCCCCUUAGGGGUUGAAUUGUCAAAAAUCCAAUCUUAGUGGAUGUCUACGUCAUAAUGCUGGCCAAAGAGCCCAAUCCGUCCAGUAGUCUGAGCUGUGCAUUGAUAGAUCAGUUAGUCAGUUACCUUUUCCUUUUAUAUAUAGUGUUUAAAGUCAUUUAAUAUCAGUCGGUAGGCCAAGUACAACAAUUGCGCUUAUUACAAAUUACAAUGUGAUAAUUACUAUUACUGUGCUAGCACCGUAGCCAACGUAACCUGUAUAGAUCGUUUCAAUGAAUAGUUCCCAUGGCGUUAUGUUGGCUCCCCUGUCUGUCCAAGUCAUUGGCACCAUAUUUGCAUAAGA